AUGAAGCCUGUUGUUACUGGCGAAGUGCACCGCCGCCAGGACGUGAUAAAAUCCGGCCUCGGCUUCCUCUUCUACAAUGGCGCGAACCAAGUGAUCUAUGAUACCUGCGAGCUUGUCUGGGACUCUGCCGAUCUUCUGACGAAGCCAGUUACCAAGGAGAACCAGAUGGCGGUCUUCGGAAUAAGAGGGAUUGUCGAGCGACCCGGUGUUGUCCAGUAUCGCUUCCAGUUUCGAUUCAUGAUCGAGCAUUUUGAGCCGCCGUGCUACUGGCUAAGUGUGGAAGUCCAUGGUCCCAUGGACGGACAUUCAAGAGGCAUUAGUGUCAACCUGAUUCGGGAUAUCCCCGGUGGGAAGCCCUCUGACCAGGAAUACUUUGAAGAUGCCAUUCAAAACCUUACAAAUUCGGUCCGAAUCCUGGGGGUUGACGGCGCUAUUCGUCUGUUCAUGAUGUCCUGGAAGUUCAUGAAUGGCAAUUUGGAGUGA